AUGAGACACACUGAAUUUUUCAGAGGACCUAAUGAUACUAGUGAUUCAGGAUCUAGCAAGGCAUCAUAGAAAGGAAACUAUAAUGCAAACUAUAAUAGUGAUAAACUUAAUUAAUCUAUGAAUUUCUCUUCUAUAAGAAUGACUAACUUGAAUCAACCAAUAAGAAAUACAGUGAUUUAAAAUACUUACAAAAAGGAUGGAAAUUAUAAAAAUAACUUAAAUGAAAAAAAUAUAUUUAUUUUACAAGAUUUAUUGUCUUUUAUAAACUUAAAUAUUUAUUAAGAUUCUCCAAUCAGCGAACAAUAGCUUAAAAAUCCUACUUAAAAAAUAUUUUUUGAGAUAUUUUGGGGGUUUAUUCGAAUUAUUGAUCCUUCAAUAAAUUCUAAAGUUAUAAGUGUUGAUGAGAUACCCUAAUUAAUGAAGUUUUGGAAUUGCCCUUUUCAGCUAAAUAAAAAUAUUCUUACUACUAUUGGAGCUCCUCAUACUCUCAAACAAACAUAAAAUCUUCUCUUUUGGUUAUAUUAAUUGUCAAAAGAAGUAAAAUCUAUGUCUGAAAGCUUGCUUGAUAAUUAAAAGUCAAUUUUAUAAAACUCUUAAAGCUAAUCGUAAAGAAAUGAUAUGGAAAUACUUAAUCAAUACAUUGCUCAAUCUUUUAGGAGAAAAGAUAAUGAUCUUUUGAAAGGAGCUAACUUCUCCAAGCACAAUAGUUCUAAAAAGAAUCCUUAGCAAAAUCAAAGUAUGCUGAUAUCAUAGAUUGGAAUGAGUGAAGAUGAAAAGGAGGCUAAGGAUAUUGCAGAUUUGCUUAAGUAAAAAAAUAUUUAUCUUUAGUAAGUAAUAAAAGAAUUAGAGCUAAAAAUAGAGACUUUACAAUUAUCAAAUAAAAACCUAUGCUUAAAAUAGCCAGAUUUAUCAGAAGUAGGAAAUAAGAUUGAACAGCAGCAAGAUGUUAUAAAUAUGGAAUAAGAGCUAAUUUAUCAAUUAUCUUCAGAAAUAGAAAGUAAUUAAAAAGAUAUUGAUAAUUAUCAUAAUAUUUUUAAUGAAAAAAUGAUAGCAAUCCAUGAACUGGAAUAAGAAAAAUCAAACAUUUAAAAGUAAAUAACUGACUAAGAAUAUAGCAUUGUUGAAGCUGAAAAAAAGUUAAAAGAAAUUGAAAGAUUAAAAAAAUAAAAAGCUUAAAUUGAUUUACAAAUCAGUCAAACUAGUGAUUAAAGAACUGUGAGUUAUACUUAAAAUGAAGGUUAGAUAAAUGAGAUACAUCAGCUCAUAAACGAUUAUAAUAGAAUCCUUAAUACCUCUAAUGAAUUGUUCAUUUAGUGUUAAGGAAUAGAAGCUUUUGUAAAUGAAGAAAAAAUAAGAGCAGAUAAUUUAGAUAUUUUAACUAAAGGUUUGUAAAUUAAAAGCGAAGAUUUAAAGUAAGGAUUGGAUUCUUUCACAAAUUCUAAGAAUAAUAGUAAAAUAAUAAUAAAAUCUAUGAUAAACAUUGACCUCAAAAAGGUAUCUGAGCAGUUAAAGGCUAAAUUGUAAGAUUAUUAGGUUUCAGUGGUGAAAUAGGAGGAGUCUAUUAAACAAAUAAAUAGAUAAAUUGAAGAGAAAAAAACAAAUAUUAAUGAUCUUGAUAUCAAAAUAAAUUAACUUAAUAUUAAAUCUUAGCAAAAGUAAGACGAGUUAAAGUAAUUAAUUUAGCUAAUUUAAGAUAGAUAAGUGAACUUUAAACACAAAUCAGAAGAAUAACUUUAAGCGAAUUCAAAUAUAAAACAAUAAAUAAACUAGUCAAAAUAAAAAUAAUUUAGUUUAGAAAAUGAUCUAACAAACUUCAUGAACUAAAUUGAAGUUCGCAAAAAGCUCCUUUAAAAAGAAAAAGAAGAAUCUAUUUAGAUAUUAGAAAAUUAGGCUAUUAAAAUCAACCAAGCAAAAUAAUAAAUAAUUUUAAAGUUUCAGUAACUUCACUCUUAUUACUAAGCAUUAAACAAAAAGUCCUUCUUAAUUAAUAAAUCUUGA